AUCUGUGUAUGGCCUCAGCAGAUUGGCUACUGGCACACACUUCCAGAGAAUCUCUCCCUAGCAAAUAUCUCCGUCUCCGAUUUCCACCGACGAACCCAGGCCCGAUUCCAAAUGGACCCUACCCGACAAUCCGACCCGGUUUACGACGUCGUCAUCCUCGGAGCCUCUGGCUUCACCGGCAAGUACGUCGUCCGAGAAGCCCUCAAGUUCCUAAACGCCCCGUCGUCUCCGCUUAAGAGCCUGGCUUUGGCGGGUCGAAACCCAACCCGGUUGACCCAGUCGCUCGAAUGGGCCGCUCGCCCGAACCCGCCUCCCUCCGUUGCCAUCCUCACCGCCGACACCUCCGACCCGGAAUCGCUCCGUCGUCUCUGUCGCCAGACAAAGCUGAUCCUCGACUGCGUCGGACCGUUCCGCCUCCAUGGAGAACCUGUUGUCGCCGCCUGUGCCGAAUCAGGGUGCGAUUACUUGGAUAUAUGUGGGGAGCCUGAGUUCAUGGAGACAAUGGAGGCAAAGUACCAUGAAAGAGCCGCAGAAACGGGUUCUUUGAUCGUUUCUGCCUGCGGUUUCGAUUCAAUACCCGCAGAACUGGGGUUUCUCUUCAAUUCCAAACAGUGGGAACCGCCUUCUGCUCCUAACCAGAUCGAAGCGUAUCUCAGGUUGGAGUCCGACAAAAGGAUUGUCGGAAAUUUUGGCACAUACGAGUCUGCAGUCUUAGGUGUAGCCAAUGUGGCAAAGCUACAAGAACUACGGCGUUCAAGGCCAAGAAGGCCAAGGCCAGUGAUUCCUGGUCCUCCUCCAGCUAAGGGAUCGGUAAUGGAAAACCAGAAGAAGAUUGGUCUUUGGGCUCUGAAGCUACCUUCUGCGGAUGCGGUUGUUGUUCGGAGAACCCUCACAGCUCUAACAGAGAAUCCAAGUGGACUCCCUGGGCUUAACGAGAACCCCGAUGGGAUACAAAAGCGCGAGGCGUUCUGGUCAACAAUAAAGCCGGCUCAUUUCGGGGUAAAGAUAACAUCCCAUUCUUUCCUCGGGAUAUUCGGGUACAUCACAUUGGGACUGUCCCUUGGUCUACUCGGAAAAUUCUCCCUCGGGAGAUGGCUCCUUUUGAAAUUCCCUUCAGUUUUCAGCCUUGGAGGGUUCCGUAAAAAGGGUCCAAGCGAAGAAGAAGUGGCAAGUGCUACAUUCAAGAUGUGGUUCAUCGGCCGUGGAUAUAGCGAUGGGGGAGACCUCGUUUCAGGAGGAAAGACGAAGCCCGAUAUGGAAAUCGUUACAAGAAUAACGGGACCCGAGAUCGGGUAUAUAACCACACCGAUAGCGCUAGUCCAAUGCGGUUUAAUCGUAUUGGGGCAACGAGAAAGCCUAGUGAAAGGAGGAGUGUACACUCCCGGGAUCGUGUUCGGCUCAACUGAUCUCCAGCAGCGGCUUGAAGAGAACGGGAUAACAUUCGACGUGAUUUCGAAGAACAAGCUCCAAGACUAGAGGUUUGCCAUUCGUUGAGUUAACCCUGAAUCAUUUGCUCUCCUCCUUGCCUUUUUUUUUUUUUUGGUUUAGGUUCUGUCCAAACUUCAAGAACAUGGAUCAAGGUUGUGUCUUUCUUACAAUAAUAGUACCGCCCUUAAUGUAGGUGGAUGAAUCAGUUGAAUGAAUAUUAUUAGUAUGAAAUGGUUAUAUGGUUAUAACUCAA